UGAACUUAUUCCACGUGGCUAUUAUCUAAAGGUACAAAAUCCAACCAUCUCGUACACCACACAUCAUCCCAAGGCUUACAACAAAAGACCCAAAUUUCCAAACUAGAUAAAAUCCUUCAUCACAUCCACACAACACAAAUUUCCCUCCUUAAAAACCUUAACCACCCCCCAUUGCAUAACUAGAAAAUUCAUUUGCAUAUCACCCCCAAAAAAAGCAAAAUUCAUCCAACGGCCCAAAAUGGGUUGCACCACUUCCAAGCCCAAUCAAAUCAAGGCAACCGUCGAUGUGUACCGACCAGCUCCCACGAGCUUUGCAGUCUUCGACAUCAACGCCAUCCAAGAGCCCUGGCUCAUGAUCGACCAUAAGCCUCAGGAGCACCAAGAAAAAGAAGAUAAGCCCUCGCACGUGCCAGUCCCUAUUCUCGAAAAGCUUCACACGCUCGAAAAAUCCGACUCCCCUCUCUCCUGGGACGAAGUCAGCAAAUCCGUAUUGUCGGACCUCAAGCCCAAACCCGAGCCCAACACUAAACCCGUUUUCACGUCAGUAAAAGCUGAACCGGCUCCACCCAAUAAGAACGCGCCACGUAAGAGCAUGUCUUUUCACACGGUGGAAGAACUCGACGCCAAGGCGAAGAAGAAGCUAACAACUCCUAAUAAUAAACCGGUCGAGUUGAGAAAGACCGAGUCGAUGCGGGCUGAGUCGACCCGGACGGAGUGGACUCAGUCCGAGUCGGUGAGUUUGAGGUCUGUGAAGGAGAAUAUAUUCGUGGUGAGGGAUAGGAUGGAGAGAGAAAGAGAAGGGAAAGUGGCGAGUUUCAAUAAGUGGGACCCACUGAGCGAGUUCCCAGAGAAGUGUCCCAAAAACGGUGGGGCCGACUCGGUGGUUCUCUACACGACGUCGUUGCGAGGAGUUCGUCGCACGUACGAGGAGUGUAACCGUGCGAGGACGAUUUUCGAAACUCACCGAGUCGUGUUUGACGAGCGAGACGUGUCGUUACACUCCGAGUUUAGGACCGAGUUGAAGGAGUUGCUGGGCGAGUCUGACUCGGUGAGUGUGCCGAGGGUGUUUGUGAAGGGAAGGUAUAUUGGGGGAGUGGAGGAACUGGUUGAGUUAAACGAGUCGGGUCGACUCGGGAAGAUACUGAGUUACGCACGUGUGGAGAGAGGGGUGGGGAGGCAAGCGUGUGAGGGGUGUGGGGGUAUGAGGUUUGUGCCGUGUUUGGAGUGUAGUGGGAGUUGUAAGGUUUUGAAGAAUGGGGAUAGGGAGAGGUGUGAGAAAUGUAAUGAGAAUGGGUUAGUGCAAUGUCCAGCUUGUAAUUAGGAGAGAGUUGGUGGGUUGAUUGUAAUGGGCCGUGACGUAAAGACGAAUGUCUUAAAUUAUAUCUCUCACAUUUUAUAUAUAUAUAUAUAUAUAUAUAUAUAUGGAGUUUUUGGAAUAUCACAUGAGUAAGGAGUAGGAUAGUUUAGCCAAGGGUUGAAACACUGUCUUUAUAUCCAAAAUAUUUACAUAGGGUUUGAUUUUAGUUUUUGAAAAAAAAAAUAUGAAAAAUCAAAACCGUAAAAAAUUUGAGAAAUUGGGGUUUUGGUGGGUAUUGUAGGUUGUAACUAUUGUUACUAACGUAUAAGGAAUGGGUUAUGGCUAGAAAAUUGUUGAUGUUUGCAGUGUAAUUUAACGAUGACCAGCUCGAAUUUAUGAAUGGGCUUGGCAAAGAUAUUAGGGUACUCUAGGAAGUUAAAAGCUGAAGUUUCUUCCCUGUUGGCUAUGUAUUUUCACGCAUUUGUGGGUUAUUUAACUUUGAUGUGUGUCAGUUUAGAACUUCUAAUAAAAUGUAUACUUGUUGAUGUCUC